AUGAAGAAGCCCUCAACAGCGGUGGGAAACCUCUCUCACACGGAGUUUGUUCUGCUCGGCUUUCCUGGCCUGCAAGAGUCCCGAUUUCUCCUCUUCAUCCCCUUCUUCUGCCUCUAUGUGAUCAGCUUGGUGGCCAACUGCACCGUGAUCUACACCAUCCAGGUGGAAGAAAACUUGCAUGGGCCCAUGUACUUCCUGAUCUCACUUCUCUCUGUGGUUGGACUCUGUGGGACCACGGCCAUCGUCCCACAAAUGCUGGUGGGCCUCUGGCUUCAUCCCCGGCACAUCAGCUUGCCCAGCUGCCUGCUGCAGAUGUUUGUCAUCUACGUGAUGAUCAUCUUGGACUCCUCCAUUCUUCUCACCAUGGCGCUAGACAGGUACAUGGCCAUCUGCAAGCCCCUGCGAUACAGGGACAUCAUGAACACCUCUCUCCUGGCUGGACUUGGCCUGGCUGCCUUGAUCCGAGCCAUGUCCGUGGCCUGCCCCAUGGUCAUUCUGGCCUCCCGGCUGCCCUUCUGCCGUUCCAACGUCAUCCAACAUUUUGCAUGUGAGCACAUGGCACUGGUUAGCUUAGCCUGCGGCAGCACACUCCGCAACAGCCUCAUGGGGGUGGUGAUGGGAGCGUUCAUCGUCGUCUUUGACCUGGCCUGCAUCCUGGCCUCUUACUCCUGUAUCAUCCAUGCUGCUCUGAAGAUCACUUCCGGCAGCCUGCGGCAAAAAGCCUUCCACACAUGCGGCACCCAGCUGGCAGUAAUGCUCUUCAUGUAUUCUUCGUGCCUCUCCUCCUCCAUCGUGUACAGACUGGGCAGGUCCAUCUCGCAGGACGUCCAUAAUCUCCUGAGUGCUAUUUACUUGUUGCUCCCAUCCACAGUCAACCCCAUUAUCUAUGGCAUCAGGACCAACGAAAUCAGACAGCGUGUUCUGAGAUCCUUCUUGAGGAGGCCGGUCAAUAAUGCCAAGAGGCCUUCCACCGUGAAGAGCUAA